CACAGUGACAGUGCUGCCAACAAUGGAAAGCAUUCAGAGGCUCACUCACCGCUUCUUUCCCUUAACCUACACGGGCAAGUGCUUGAACACCAUUUCAAGAACCCCACUCCUGAUCCGACCCGUGAGUGGGCCUCAACAACCCGUAUUUAUAGCGCCCAGAAGAGGUCACAGGUCCGGUUUAGCUGCCCGGGCGGGUUGGUUUCUGGGCAAGGGUGAGAGAAAGAAUGCGUUGCCGGACAUUGUGAAAGCCGGCGACCCAGUUCUUCAUGAACCAGCUCAGGAGGUGGGACCCGAAGAAAUCGGGUCGGAGCGGAUCCAGAAGAUCAUAGAUGAUAUGGUGAAGGUCAUGAGGAAGGCACCUGGGGUUGGCCUUGCUGCCCCUCAAAUUGGAAUUCCCUUGAGGAUCAUUGUUUUGGAAGAUACGAGAGAGUACAUCAGCUAUGCAUCAAAGCAAGAGACUACAGCACAAGAACGGCGCCCUUUUGAUCUUUUGGUUAUGAUCAAUCCGAAGCUGAAAAAGAAGGGCAACAAAACCGCGUUCUUUUUUGAAGGGUGUUUGAGUGUUGAUGGGUUCAGAGCAGUUGUUGAACGACACUUAGAGGUCGAGGUUACAGGUUUCGACAGAAAUGGCCAAGAAAUCAAAGUUGAUGCUUCAGGUUGGCAAGCUCGAAUUUUUCAGCAUGAAUGUGAUCAUCUAGAUGGAACACUCUAUGUUGACAAGAUGGUCCCAAGGACGUUCCGCACUGUAGACAAUUUGGAUUUACCUCUGGCUCUUGGUUGUCCCAAACUGGGUGUUAGACAGAGUUAGCACAUUCGCGUAGAGAACUCAUCUAGAGUGAGUUGGAAAUUAUUUUUUGUAGAAUGAUAUUUGAUGAGAAUUGAUAGAAAGCAUUGAGGUUUAGUUAUGAUGUUUUUGGCUCAUUCUUGAGAUUUUGUGAAGUCUAAACCUUAUGAUGCUAUGUAAACCACAGAUAUAAACGUAUCCGCUGUUCCCCUGACGAUAUUCAUCUACUUCACAA